AUGUCUUCUGUUUCACUCUGGAUGAAUCUCACUUUUGCCUUGGUGAUGCUCAUGCAGAUAUUUUAUCCAUUCAUCAAUGGAUGCCCGGCUGAUGAAAGAAAUUACUUGUUAGAUUUCAAAGGAGGCCUUGUCGAUUCUACGGGUCGCUUAUCCUCGUGGAAGGGCUACAAUUGUUGCGAGUGGAAGGGUAUUCACUGCGACUUCCAUUCAGGCCAUGUCAUCAGCCUUGAUAUCAAAAAUCCCUUUGGUACUUACGUGGACAAUUCCAAAAAUCUUAGUGGGGCGAUACAUCCAUCGCUGUUUAAUCUGCAGUAUCUUCAGCACCUGGAUCUCGGAUACAAUUAUUUCAAUGGUACUUCAAUACCUCCUCAAUUGGCAAAACUCCAGAGCCUUUCCUUCCUUAGCUUGGCAAGUGCUGGAUUUGGAGGUGAGGUCCCUCUGGAGUUGGGGAAUAUUACAACCUUGCGCCACCUUGAUCUCUCAGCAGGACCAUUUGGGAAUUUUGUCUUGGAGAGUAGGAAAUUUGCAGGAUGGGUACAAAAUCUGAGAAGCUUGGAGUUCCUGGCUAUGAAUGAUGUGAAUCUGUCGAUCGCAAAUGAUCACUGGAAUAUUGCCCUUAGCAGCCACUCUAAUCUUAGCCAGAUUUACUUAUCUGGCUGUUGGCUUUCAGGUACAAUACCUUCUCUCCUAAAUCUCACUCACUUAUCCCAUCUCGAUCUCUCAGAUAAUUCAUUUAGUUCCCCAUUGCCAGUUUGGUUUCAGAAUGUCUCGUCCUUGGUUUCUCUUGUUCUAUCUGAUUGUGGUCUCAAGGGUUCCAUCCCUUCAGAUUUCUUGCGCCGUUCAAGCCUGAGAAAUCUUGAGCUGUCAGGUAGCCAGUUGGAAGGGAACCUUUCUUUCAUUGAAUACCAAUCCUCCUCAAUAGCCAAUCUUUACCUCCAGUCGACUAGUUUAGACGGAAUAAUUCGUCUUUUCUUUGUAAACUUUACUAAAUUUAAGAAAUUGGUUCUCGCGCAUAACUACUUAACAGGGGAUAUACCUCCGUUUGGAUCUGCGCUUGGGAAAGUCAUACCACUUUCAGUAAUAGAUCUUUCCCAAAACAAAUUGACAGGCAAUAUACCACCCUCUAUCUGUUGUCUUCCUAUAUUGAGAAGCCUCAAUCUGGAAAAUAACCUGCUCUCAGGAAAAAUACCACAUACCGUUGCAGACAUGCUUUCUGGUUUGAUACCUCAAGGCAAGCACUUUUCGACUUUUGAGGCUUCUUCUUUUGCAGAAAAUUCAAAUCUACAUGGACCUCCAUUAGGAAAUAGAACCCUUACCCCUGGUUUUGGUGGGAAAGGUAGCCCAAGCAUUCAAGAAGAAGUGCAUAAUAGGGAUGUCGAGGAGGCAAAGGAAGAGAUGGUGGGCAGUGGGGGUGGGUUUUGUCACUGUAAUUGCAGUGCUUUACUUCCGAAUAAGAUGGAGAAACUAAUAUUUCAGUUUCUGGAUAGUCUUAUGCAACAUCUCUUUGGACGGCGUUGA